AGGUUUGUAUGUCUCUCAGACACUCACUCACUGCAUGAUACCGUUCAAGUGCCCAUGGGUGACGUGCUUAUCCAUGCCGGAGACUUCACCAAUGUUGGAUUGCCUUCAGACGUGCAGAAGUUCAAUGAAUUUCUCGGGCGCCUGCCUCAUAAGCACAAGAUUGUGAUAGCCGGAAAUCAUGACAUCAGCUUCGACACAGCGUCAUACCCAAGAUUUGGUCACCCAAAGCUUUAUGAUUCCAAGGAGGUUCAUGUCGAUUCCUGGCUCGUCAUCAGCAUGUUGACGAAUGCCACGUAUGUACAAGACGAAGAGAUCACCGUUGAAGGAUUUCGUAUCUGGGGCUCUCCCUGGCAGCCUGAGUUCUGUGACUGGGGAUUCAAUCUUCCUCGAGGACCUGCGCUUGCGGCUGUAUGGAACAAGAUUCCAAUGGGAGUUGACGUGGUGGUGACUCACGGUCGGUUGCUGUUGAUUUGUAAUGAUAUACCUGAAUCUCUACGUGUUUUCGUCGUGAUUUCUAAAGUGAGACCCGCAUAUCAUGUCUUUGGUCACGUGCAUGAAGGAUAUGGGAUCACGGAAGAUGGACUGGGUAAGCAUGAUGAUGACGUUGUAGAAAGAAAAUUUUAUGAAGACGAUUUGAGCGAAUGA